AUGUCCUCACCAGGCGGAUGGCAAAAAGACAUCUCCGCGAUUCUAACAACGAUUCAGCUUCUGGCCAAGAGCCAGCUCGGAUAUGAAGGACGACAAGUUGGUGAAAAAUUGACAAAAAAGGGGCUGGAGACACUGAUUGCUGCCGGAAAUGUUCAACGACCUUUCGAUGAUCCUCAUUAUGGUCAAAGACAGUAAGUUUACACUGUUUGCAACAGUUUUAUAUUAUUUCUGUGGUUUUAGGUUCACAUUUGAAAAGGAAACACAGGAUUUUCUGAAUGAAACCAAGAAAAUCUUGGAUAAAAACGUGAAACCUGUCUUGGAUCAGGCUAAAACGCAAGCGGAAAGCAUCGUCAGACCUUUGGCCAAGUCUGUUGGAGUUGAUAAUGUUCAAAAACCUGCUGUCAAUUCAACUUUUAACCCGAUUCCAGCUGGCCUAACACCAGAAGAAGAGCGAGUUUUGAUCUUCGAAGCGAAACGAGUUGGAGUUGAUGUCAAGAAGCCGCCUGUAGUGCCUCAUAAUAUUCAUCUACAACACUCUCAUCCAAUUCACAGGGAUCAAAAGGAUUAUCGACCAUCAUUGCCAAAGGUAAAUCUUGAUUUAGUUAUGUUAUUCUUUAGGAAUACAGGGUAAACUUGAACUACAACAACAAAAACUUGUCGAAAUCACAAGAAAGAAAGGUGCCAUCGAGUAGACUAGCUAGAGUGUAUAAUUUCGGAGCUCUGGCGGUUGGAUUGGGGACAGGAGCGGCCGCUGAGCUUGGGAGGAGGACGGUUGGGAUCAAGGGGGAUCAACAAGUUGAGAACCCAUUUUUGACUGCCGCCAAUGCUGAAAGGGUUGUGGAGACGUUGUGCAGAGUGCGUGGAGCUGCUUUGAAGUUGGGGCAGAUGUUGAGCAUUCAAGGUAAGUUAUUUUCUUAAUUUUUUGUUGUUUUAAGUAACAAGAUUGGAUAGAAAUAUUAAAAUAGGUAUAAAAAUAGAUUCAACGAGGAAUUUUAAUAUUUUUUUUGGGUUUUAUAAUAUUUGUGAAUGUGAAAUACGCAUAAAACUUUCGAACUUUUCAAAAAAUAGUAAAAUUCUAGACGAAACAAUGAUUCCUCGUUACUGGCUGGAUAUUUUUGAUCGAGUGCGACAUAGCGCUGACUUUAUGCCAAUAAAACAAGUAAAACAACAACUGGCAGCUGAGUUGGGACCAGAAUGGAGAACAUUGUUCAGAGAAUUUGAUGAAAAACCGUUUGCAGCGGCUUCUAUUGGACAGGUGAGGGUCUGAUGGGUAGUGUAAUAUUAUCUUAGCUUUUUUGUAAAAUUUUUGAGGAAUUACAGUUCAAAUUAAUUGGAGAGUGUUGAGAAAGGUCUGGUUUAUGAGUUGAAAGUGUUUUACAUGCACUUUGUGUUGAUUUUUUAUUGUUUUGAAAGAUUUUAAUAAAGUUAGGACAUCGAGGUCAAGUGUAAUAUAAUUUUUGUUAUUUUUGCAAAUUUUUUGAGCUUUUUUGACAUUAUUUUUAUGAUAUUAUCUUAUAAAGGUCUUUAAUACAUCUGUGAACGUCUAUUAUUUUCAGGUUCACAAAGCAGUAAGCCUAGACGGAACAAAACUAGCCGUCAAAGUACAAUAUCCAGGCGUAGCAGAAGGUAUCGACUCGGAUAUUCAAAAUCUGGUGUCGGUUCUAAAAUUUGGCGGCUUAUUUCCAAAAGGAAUGUACCUAGAAGAGUUUGUUAAUGUGGCAAGAAGAGAGCUAAAAGCUGAAUGUGAUUACGAACGUGAAGCCGAUGCCAUGAUCAGAAUGCGCGACCAUUUGGCUGACGAUGACAGCUUCUUCAUACCUGGGGUUUUUCCAAAUUUGUCGUCGAAACGGAUCUUGACUACGGAGUUUGUGGAGGGAAAACCUGUUGAUGAGUGUGUGGAUGAACCACAGGAGGUCAGGGACUAUAUCUCGGCCAAGUUUAUGGAGUUGUGCUUGAAGGAAGUGUUCUUGUUCAGGUUUAUGCAGGUAUGGAAGGGAGUUUUUAGAGUUGGUAUGAAGGUUUUUGUGAAAAAAGUUUUUUUGAAAGUUCGAAAAUUAAAAAAAAAUUGAAAUUUCGAGUUUUAAAAAGUUAAAAAAUAUUUUUUUCAGACCGACCCAAACUGGUCCAACUUCUUCUUCGGACUUCAUCCAAAAACUGGCGAAAGUCGACUGAUCCUCCUAGACUUUGGCGCAGCUCGAGAAUACCCAAAAGAAUUUGUCGACAAAUACAUGAAAAUUCUUCACGGUGCAUAUAAUCAAGAUCGAGAAGCCAUGCUACAUCAUUCAAGGGAGAUUGGCUUUCUAACAGGUUUUGAGGAUAAGGUCAUGGAGAAGGCGCAUGUUGAUUCGAUCUCGAUUUUGGCCGAAACUUUGGUGGCCAGAGAGCCAUACGAUUUUGGAAGACAGGUAGGGUGGAGAAGGGUAAUAGGGGUUGGCAGUGACGAUAUAAGGGGGUGUUUUGGUUGGAAAUGGCAAUUCAGGGCUAUUUUAGAGAUAUAGCAGUUAUUUUCAUUUUUUGCACGGUGCUGUUGAAAAACGCAAAUUCUUGCACCGUGUAAUACAAAAAGUGAAUUUUUAGGUAAUUUUUUAAAAAUUUUAAUACAAUUUGACUAAUAUAUAUGUACUAACUUAAUAAUAAGGGCUAUUUUCGAAAAAAAGUGAUAAAGUUCUUAUUAUUUUUUAAUUUUUCUGCACGGUGCAAUUAAAAAAUUAAGUUUGCGAUUUUCAAAGGGGGUUUUUUCAAAAAGUGUACCAAUAGUACCAAUAGCUGAAGAAAAUAAAGGGUAUUCUGAGAAAUGUUACAAUUAUGGCAUUUUUUUAUUUUGUUUGGGUUUUACAAUAAAAAAUAAUUUUUUGUUUGCACCGUGCAGAUUUUUAAGGAAUUUUUGAUUUUUUUUGGAAUUGAAUGCUUUUUAAAAGAUUUUGGUUUAAAAAAGGGAUUAUUAUGUUAAGCUUGACAAUAUUUUCAGGACGUAACAGCCAGAAUUCAAAAGUUAGUACCAGUAAUGCUAGAACAUCGUCUGAAAGCACCACCUGAAGAGGUAUACUCAUUACAUCGAAAACUGUCAGGAGCCUACUUAUUAGCUACAAAACUCAAGGCCAAAGUCGCUUGUGGCCCAUUAUUUCACGAAAUUUCGGAGAAAUACGAAUUUGACUCAAAAACCGCUACUGCCGUAUAA